AUGCGAGGUGUGGAGGUGUACAAAGAUGGCUGGCUUGCUCGCAUUCAGAUUCGCGGUACUCGCUGCCGCUUCGGCAUGUUCGCGAACCAGCAGGAGGCGGCACGAGUGUACGAUAGGCUGUCGUACAAGCUUCACGGGGCGCGAGCCGUCACGAACGGCACGAUUGACGAGGACGCGAAAGCCGAGAUCGAGUCCUCCUCCCUCGAAUCAAUGCUAGCCGUGGUCCCCGCCAUAGAUCCGCAUCCUCUCUACGAAUCCGCGUGGCAGGCAGAGGGCGGCGAAGAGGAAGAAGAGGCAGCGGAGCAAUCCAUGAGUUACGACAGUGAUACGACCGCCCCCUCCCCUGAUAGGAUCAGAUCCGGUAGGAUCAAUGCUGCUGACGCCGUCCUUCCAGAGUUGCUCGAGGCUGAGAGCCGUAGGCGCGUAAGCAGCAGCAGCGAGCCGUGGGCGUCGCCGUGUUCUCAGGGAUCUGGAAGGAUCUCGCGGUCCGAGGAGUCCUCCUGCGCGUGCUGCGAUACAAGGGAAUGCACUAACGCGUACAAGCGCGGAUCUCGCCCGGAUCCCGUGGCUUGCGAGUGGGAUCGUCCUUCUAGGAGGUACCACGGUGCGGCCUCGUCAAACUCGGGGAGUGUACUCGGUAUAACCGGCUCCGAUUCGGGCAGCAACGAGGUUAACUGGAACAGCGGCCGUGUGAAAAGGUCCCGCGACGCGGACUGCAAUGGCGACGGUGAUGGCGAUGGCGAUGGCGAGUGUCCCGGAAUGUUAGUGUUCACGGUGCGGAAGAAGCGGCGGAUGCGAUCUCGGCCGCACACAUGGAGCAACGCCUCUCCCAUCAACGACUCUCCGAUCAAGGCCUCUCCCAGCAAUGGUUCGGAACGGAUCGGCGCGGGGAGCCUUACCACAGCUCGCGAGACGGUUCGGAGCGGAGAAGAGAUUUUGCGCGGGGCAGAGGUCCGGUUUGGGGCAGGGGCGGAGCUUCCCGUGCGAGUGAAAGCGGAGCCGUCAGCAUCGGUGGCAAUGGAUUACGAACGCGACACGCACGAGCGCUGCGACGGCGACUCAGGCCCUCUGCUCUGUUCCGAGGACCUCCUUACGCGAAGCAGGGAGACGACUCGCCCCGCUGCGCAAGCCACUCCUGGCAAUGCGCGCGAAGCAGCCGAUGCGCCCGCUACUCCGGAUGCGCCCGCGGCCUCUAGGCGGAGAGCGAGAGCGCGAGGCAGGGACGGCAACGGCAGCAACGGCGGCGGCAGGACCCGAAGCAGCGGCGCCAGCCGGAGCAGCGGCGGCGGUAGCAGGAGCAGCAGCGGCGGUAGCAGGAGCAGGGGCGCGGUGACGACGGUGCGCGUGGAGUUCGAUCCCGCCUACUGCUGGAAGAUGCGCGCCGAGCCCGCUUUCCCCGCGCGGCCGCGCGUCGUCGAGAGCCCCCUUGCUGACCUCCAAGGCACCAGCAACAGCGCGACUGUAGAAGUGGCCGUGGCUCUCUCCAGCUGUACUCGUUUUGAGCCGCCUCGUUACACGCCUGGCAGCAGCACCGCUGUAGCAGUGAGAGAUACCGAGGCGGUGAACCGUGGCAGCACUGCUGUAGAGGUGCCUGUAGCUCUCUCCGGGUCCAGCCGUCCCCAGAUAAGCGUGCUUUCCCGCUACACCCCGUUCUCGUUACCACGCCUUCCGCCCAUGGUCCAAUCAAGCCCCGCCACGUCACCAGUGCGCUUUGGUUCACAGGAUUCGUUUUCGCAUGCUGACGUGGACAGUGCCAAGGCGGGAGGGUGGAUUGGAAGCAUGGAAAGCAUGGACAUGGGGACGGAUGGGGGUGAGAAGAAGGCGGAUAGCAGCAUCUAUGUUGCAGCACAGUGGCUUGUCGAUAUGGCUGCAGGGAGGAGUGCUGCUGUGUGCUGA